UAUAUAAUGAUAUGAAAAUAAGAUCUAUUGAUGAAAAUAUAUAUAAUGAAAAGGCUGCCUUGCAAGAAAAAGGCUAUGAAUCUUUAGAGAUCAAUGACUCGCAAAUAUUAGAUAUUAAUACAUUGAUAAAUGCUAUCGAUAAAAAUGAAAAUAUUGGUGAGAUGCAUAUCAAAGGCUGUAAUUUCCUGAAAAAUUCUGGAAUUUUAAUGACUAUAGCAUCUCCUUAUGGCAAAACCAAAAGGCAGCGUUGGACAGAAAAAGAAAAAGAAACAGUACUUCAAGCAUUUUCCACACAUAUGAAAAACUUAACGCUACCGUCUUUACGAGAAAUUCAAGAAACUAAAAAGAAGUAUAGUUGUUUAUUUAAUCGGACAUCGCCGCAAAUAAAAACAUGGAUCCAUAAUAAACAGAAAGCUCUACGACAAUAUGAAUAAUGUCAUUCUGGUAAUUGCAACUGCUUUGAAUUCUUGUUUAUUUCAUUAGAUAAUAUUUUAAAAAAUGUUUUCUUAUCAUUUAAUUAAUACUUCAAACAUAAUACUUCAAAUUUAUUUUAUAUUCUUUCAAGAUGUCAGUUUUCGACAAAAUUUACACCGAUAAUGAAAGUUAUUGAAAGUUGCAAACAAUAUAAUUGUAGCUUUUAAUUUUU